CUACUACUUCCAUUCAACUCUUCACAAAAUAACAAUAAGUUGACUUAUCAGACAUGUGCUGAGAUUAUUAAAUCAAAACUACCGGUAUUGUUUUUAAUUUAUAAAGUGCUAAUUUUGACCCAAUAUCACUCAUUAAACGGAUACACUUCAUAGCAGGCGCUAGUGAUUCGAAAGGAAUUAAUGUUAAAAAAGGAAGUAGAAAAUAUUUAUUGCGAGACCAAGUUAGCAGUACAAACGGUAGCAAACUUUUUUCACUCGAGACUGCACAGCUUGUCUACUUAAAGUCCAGUUUCAUUACGAUUCUAAAUAAGAGCACUCGACUAAGUAAGUGUUCGCGAGAAGUAUGAGCAAAGCGAGGCAAUGGACCCCAUUGAAGAAAGUCGGUAUUGUCGGUGUGCCUUUCGAGAAAGGGCAAAAGAAAUAUGGAGUCAGCGUGGCACCAGCAGCUUUGAGGGCGGCUGGACUCAUUGAGGAGCUAUCAGAAAUAGAUGGGCUCGAUGUGAAAGAUUUCGGCGACAUCGAAGUGACGUGCAGCGACAGCACGCCCGUGGUCGACAACAUGGCGCACCUGCAGCAAGUCUCGGUCUGCAACAAGAGACUGUCGGACAAAGUCUCCGAGAUCCUGAAGGACGAGCGCGUCGCCGUCACCAUUGGUGGUGACCAUUCUAUUGGCGUAGGGACUGUGGACGGCCAUUACAAAACGGACAAAGACAUGAUCCUCAUAUGGGUGGACGCACACGCAGACAUCAACACGAACAAGACAUCUGGGUCGGGCUCCGUGCACGGCAUGCCUGUCGCUCUACUGGUUAAAGAACUAUCGGAUUAUUGGCCCUAUCUACCUACCAUGGAUUGGCAAAUACCAAAAUUCUCAAUAAAAAGUCUGGGUUAUGUAGGAUUGCGUUCAGUGGAUCCAUUCGAGCGGCUGGCUAUUGAAAAAUUUAAUGUCCCUACAUUUGCCAUGGAAGAUAUUGACGAGCAUGGGAUCCAAAACUCCAUAAACCACAUACUUCAAUUACUUGAUCCUUGCAUGAACAAACCGAUUCACGUGAGUUUUGACAUCGACGCAUUGGACGCGCUGGAGGCACCAAGUACCGGCACACCAGUUCGUGGAGGCCUGACUCUUCGGGAAGCCAUUUGCCUAAUGGAGAUCAUACACGCUACGGGACGUCUGCGAGCCAUAGACUUAGUGGAAAUCAACCCAGCGUUGGGCAACGAGAGCGACCGCCGACGGACUCUCGAAGCCGGCCUUAGCGUGCUCAAGGCUGGCUUAGGCUUCUCCAGGAGAGGCACAGCUCCUAGAGGAGUGCUGGACUUACCUGUUCAAACGCAUCACGAUCACGAUUGCCCCGUCGCAAGACAACAGAUGAUGAAGUGAAACGCUGGACGCUGAUUUUUCAAU